GCUCAAACAAAUCAUUUAGGCCAAACCAAAUUCAAAAUUCACAUCGCUGAGAAAAUUUCCGACUUUGAUUUUAGCAAAAUGCCCUUCGCCGACGAUGAAUGGCAGACGAAUGCCACCAUUAACUACAUUAGCAGCGAAUUGGAGCGCACUCACCUGGCUCGCUCGCCGCAGCUGCUGCAGCAGCUGAACAGCCUCACCGAGCCAUGGCAGGAGCUGGGGCAGCCGGAGUCCUUUCGCUUGAAGCAGUACUACCACGACGAGGUCUAGCCGGCCUUGAUGCCUGUGGAUGUAGAUUGAAGCUAUUCGGAAUCAGCGGAAAAGUCAUCAGCAGCCGCACCUGUCGCGCUCGCCCCGCUCACACCUGCCAAUUAGGCGCAGAGCCCAAGCACAGCGCGCGCGCGCCUCAUGUGAGCGGGCAAACGGACAGAGGCGGGAGAACGAAACUAGCGAAAGACACAAAUUGUGACAAAGUUUCGGAAAUUUAAUUAAAAUCAAAUACCCUCAA